UGGCAAAGGUACCGGACAUGACAUAGGAUUCCACACUACUGUACACAGAGAGUGUCUUAUGUGAGCAGCUGAGCAGUGCACGAACGAUUAGGAAUCGUCUGUCUGUGCACCGAUCAGACAGUGUCCAGACGGACUGUACCCCUCAACAGCUGCCCUGAUGUGGCUGUUUCUUCUCGCGGCACUGCUUCCCGCCGUGCGCUCUGCGUACGAGGUGGACCCACAGAAGCUUGCAGGCCUGGCGAAAGCUAAAGUUGAGACAUGUGGCGGAUGACAGCUGAAUCGGCUGAGGGAGGUCAAGGCCUUUGUGACCCAGGACAUCCCUCUUUACCAUAACCUGGUGAUGAAGCACAUCCCUGGGGCCGACCCUGAGCUCGUCCUCCUCGACCACUACUACAAAGAACUGGACCGCAUCCCCCUGUCCGACAUGAGCCGCGUGGAGAUCAACGAUCUGCUGUCCACGCUAGGGUUCUACAAGAAGGCUCAGGAGGAGGACGAGGUGCCGGAGGAGUUCCGCUUCUCCCCGGCCAAGAGCAGCCCCUUCCCCGAGGACCAAGCCCCACCCACCGAGGCCCCCGCCCCCGACCACAACGAUUUAUAAUUCCCAUCAAACUCCACUCCUAUCCAAGACCACUCUUGAGAAACCCACCACCCAUCUCCAAUACCCACUGUAGAGCCCUCAGAUACUGCCCCCCUGCUCCCCUGACACCCAACACCACGAUUUAUAAUUCCCAUUCAACUCCACUCCCAUCCAAGACCAGACACCCACUCAACUCAUCUCCAAUCCCACUCAGUUCAUCUUCUCCAAGAUGCCCAUCC